GAGCUGCUCCUCGUGGCGGAGCUUCUAACUUAAACACCCUCUUUUUCACAGAGAGAGACAGAGGGAGAGACGGAAUCCUAGAGAGAGAAAGAGGAGAGAUAAAAUGUGCCCGACGAAACAGAAACAGAAAAAGCCAAAGGAUCGGAGUUCCGUGACCGAACAAGCCUCCGGCGCCGACACCACCACCGACUGGAGGGACGAAGCAAUCAGCGGCGGAUCUCUCAGACACGUCGACCUCCACACCGGAUCCAACGGCUGGGCUUCACCUCCCGGCGACGUUUUCUCUCUCCGUUCCCAAAACUACUUCUCCAAAAAGCAAAAGUCCCCCUCCGGCGCGUGGCUCCUGCAGCCCGCCGGCGUCGACUGGCUUCGAUCGGCGACCAAGCUCGACAACGUCCUCGCCAGACCCGAUAACCGUGUAAUGCACGCGCUCAAAAAGGGUCAAUCGCAGGGCAAGUACCUGAAGACCUUCGUCGUCGCCGUCAACCUCCAAAUCCCCGGCAGGGACCACCACAGCGCGGUGUUCUACUUCUCCACCGAUGAUCCGAUCCCCACCGGUUCUCUCCUCCGGCGGUUUAUCGAAGGCGACGACGCGUUCCGGAAUCAGCGGUUCAAGAUCGUGAACCGGAUCGUGAAGGGUCCGUGGAUCGUGAAAACUGCAGUCGGUAACUACUCGGCGUGCUUGCUCGGGAAAGCCCUAACCUGUAACUAUCACAUAGGUUCGAAUUACCUCGAAAUCGACGUCGACAUUGGGAGCUCAGCGAUCGCGAAUGCGAUCUUGCGUUUGGCGUUGGGGUACGUGACGGCGGUGACGAUCGACAUGGGGUUUGUGGUGGAGGCGCAGACGGAGGAGGAGCUGCCGGAGAGAUUAUUCGGCGCGGUUAGGGUUCUGCAAAUGGAGAUGUCUUCGGCGACCUUCGUGGACACGGCGUCGUCUAGGAAACCAGCGAUUUCUUCGAAGAUGAAUCAUAGUCAUAGUCAUCAUCAGAGUCGAGUUCGGGCAUGUUCCAAGUGUGAAGACGACGACGUUUGAAAAAAAUGUCGAUCGCCGGCGGUAUGAUUUUUUUUCCUGUAUUAACGGCCAUCGAUUUUUGCUUUUUAGCAUUUUGAUGUGAUCUGGGUCAACCCUGUUUUUAUGGGGAUUGGUGGUUGUAGAUAAUAAUAAUAAUAAUAAUAGCUUAAUCUUA